AGCUAAGGUAUCCAUAUUUCUUUUUAUUUAAUAACAUAACUAUUCAUAAUUACAUUUUUAAAACGGUUCAUCGUCAAUUUUAUUAAAAGGAAAUAAAAUAAUUCAAUUAUUCUUUCUUUUCCGCCUGUAGUCGAGUCCUUGUUCAUAAUUGGCGCGCGAUGUGACAGUCAUGACUGUCACGGGUCGCGUUCCGUCUAUCGUCCACCACAAAACAUGUGAUCGACAAAGAUCACACCGACAAGUCAUGUCUUCCAUAACCACAAAGUUAUAUUCCCCAUAUAAGCUAGAGGAUACGUGCCGCACUCUAUAGCGAGUAUCUAGUAUUCUAGUCAUUAUUCUAGUUACUUGGACUGCGCUCCGCUAGAUCUCAUCUUGCGCGAUAAUAUAGGUGGAGGAGAUCAAGUUUGAGGUUAGGUGAAGCUAGGUUAUUCUUGCAAUUGCGAGAGCUAGUGACUUUCGUGCGGAUAGCCCCGAUCCUUAGCCUAUAUGCCUGUGCGCGCUAAAUUCAUCAGCUAUAGCAUCGGCUGCAGAGAGGGAAAGCGUGUAUCUGCAGCUGCUCGACUCAGCCUCGACUGUCGACUCGCGGACUCGGCUCCGUACCUUGUCAGCGGCCAGGGUCCCGAAUGCCCGAUCGAUCGGAAAGUUGUUUGGUCUGCAGCCUGUAUCGCGAGACUAAACGGCAAAUAACGUGAAGCAGCAGCGGUCGUUUGGGAGAAGAGGAAAGGAGGGUCGCAUCGGAUAUUCGAAUCAGCAUCAGGAGAGUCGAGAGGCAGCAAAUAGUCAGCGCGAGUGUACGUGUGUCUGUGUGCAGUGUUGCGCGCUACCCAGGCGCGUAUGACAGGAGGCAAGAGUGCCGUUCGCUUUCCUAUCCCUCGAGCUCUGAGCUGCUGACGGACAGAUGAAGAUCAUGUCGGAUGAUGCUAUGGAUUCCAUGGAUGCAGAGGACACGGAGGAAGAAAUUUUUGAAAAUCCACGUAAAGCUCAUUUGCAAGGUAUACGAACCCUCCGCUCACACACAACUCCAAAUCAAGACUUGGAUAAAAAUAAUUCUAGAGUUCGCCGAAGCACAAGAAAUAAGUCACAGACCUAUGAUAAUCUCAAUACCAGUUGGAUUUUUGGAACACAAACAUUAAAAGGAUAUCCAAUGUACAAACAACAUGAUUCAUCUUCAGAUAAGGAAAUGGUGGAUGAGGAACCUUCCAGAACACAAAGGCUCAGUAGACGAAUGACAAUACGAUCGAGAGAAAAUCACCCUCCAAAUAAAGCACCCUCUAGACACUUGAGAGACCAUAGCAAUCAUAAUUCAAGUCGGGAACUUAGGGUGAGACCUCACCGUCUUCGAGAGCGCUCCGACCGAGAUCGAGAUAGAUCGGAGAACGAUCUCCGCGAAAGACCAGAUAGAGAACGAGCGCUACGCGAACGACCGGACCGAGAACGAGAGCUUAGAAGUAGGCCUCAGCUAAGAGGCAGAGGUGAUCGUGACCUAAGAGAUAGAAACGAUCGUGAUAUUGAUUUAAGAGCUUUGAAAGAAAGACAAGAUCGAGAUAGGGCAGAGCGAGAUUUAAAAGAUAAAACGGAAACAAAAGAUAAAUCCGACUCUAAAACAACAAACAAUGAAAAAGAAUCAAGGCCAAGAAAGUCUGAUAGCCCUUCGAGAUCAAGGGAAGGACCAGUAACCAGACUAAGUACCAGCUGUGUGGAAAAAGAUGAAAAGAUAAAAUCUGAAUCAAAUGAUAACAAUGGUAAAGAUGAGAAAAACGACGAGGAUGAUGAUGAGGAUGAAGAUAAUUCUCAAGAAAGUGAAAAAGCUGAAAAUAAUGAUAAUUCAGAAAAUGAUGAAAAUGAAGGAUAUGAGGAUAUGUACACCAGAAUCAAGAGAACUCGAAGAACUUCUCAAAGAGUAUUACAAAAAAGGCAACUGACGGUAGAAGAUAGUGAUAUGAGCGAAUCAUCAUACACACCUGGUCUACGCAAAUAUAGCUUACGUCAAAAAAAACCUACAGUUGAUAGAUUUCAAGCAAAUGUCGAACCAGUAAGGAGAUCAAUCAGAGCUUUCAGGAGUGUUCUUAGUAAUUCAAUGCGAAGAAGAAAACAUAGAAGUAAAAGUUCGAGUAGUACAGAUUCAAGCGAUUCAGAACCACAGUGUUAUGAUAAAAAAAAGAGUAAAAAAUCUAGACAAUCAGCAAUACCUCAAGGAGGUCCAACUGAUAAAAAAGCGGAUAUUAGUCCUAUAUCAGUAGAUACGGAUAUCACUUUCAAUGAUGUUGGUGGAUUAGAAUCACACAUCCAUUGUCUGAAAGAAAUGGUAGUUUUUCCAAUGAUGUAUCCGGAUGUUUUUGAGCGUUUUCAUAUAACACCUCCAAAAGGUGUAUUAUUUCAUGGACCUCCAGGUACUGGUAAAACUUUAUUAGCCAGGGCAUUAGCUAAUGAAUGUAGUCAAGGUAGCAGAAAGGUAUCAUUUUUUAUGCGUAAAGGAGCGGAUUGUUUGACCAAAUGGGUUGGCGAAUCUGAGCGACAGUUGAGAUUAUUAUUUGAACAAGCACAGCAAAUGAAACCAUCAAUUAUAUUCUUUGACGAAAUUGAUGGGUUAGCACCUGUGCGCAGCACCAAGCAAGAUCAGAUCCAUGCUAGUAUUGUAUCAACUCUUCUCGCCCUUAUGGAUGGUCUUAGUGAUAGAGGAGAGGUAAUUGUUAUUGGAGCAACGAAUAGAAUAGAUGCUAUUGAUCCAGCAUUAAGACGGCCUGGUCGGUUUGAUCGGGAAUUAUUUUUCCCCUUACCUGCUGUGAAAGAGAGAUUAGAUAUUUUGAAGAUUCACGUUAAAAAAUGGAGUAAUCCUCCCACUGAGGAUUUAAUGCAAUCAUUAGCUGAAAAAGCCACUGGUUAUUGUGGUUCUGAUUUGAAAGCGCUUUGUACUGAAGCUGUAAUUCAAGGUUUAAAACGAACAUAUCCUCAAAUUUAUUUAACUAGUAAUCGUUUGCUUUUAAAUCCUGCGCGUGUUGAGGUGAAGAAAGCUGAUUUUGUACGGGCAAGUUCACUUUUAGUUCCAUCAUCACACCGUGUAACGCCAUGCAUAGGUAGAAAAUUAGCUCCAUUUAUAGAGCCACUUCUUGGAUCUUCAUUGCAAGAACUUCUUGGUACAAUAAGGAAAAUAUUUCCUCAGGGUAUUAAUCAAGAACUCGCCAAGUUGAAAGUAACAAAAGGUAUUCAUAGACCACGACUUUUAAUAACUGGUGGAAGUAUGGCUCGAAAUCAAGGGCCACAAUUGGCGCAAGCUGCAAUAUAUCAAAUGGAGCACCUUCCAGUACACAGUUUAAAUGUUAGUACUCUUUUUGCAGAGAGCGCACGAUCUCCAGAAGAAACAUGUGUACAGGUAUUCAACGAAGCAAGCAGAAAUAUACCGUCCAUAAUUUACAUAGCAGCAAUCGAUCAGUGGUGGCCCUUAGUACCAGAAACGGUAAAGGCUGUUUUUCUUUGCCGCAUUGCCUCAUUGGAUCCGUCUACACCUAUAUUAAUUAUUGCAACUAGUGGAGUCACGUAUGAAGAGUUACCAGACCAAUUGAAAAACUUGUUCAGUGCUCUUAGAGGAGAAAUCCAUUCGAUUUGUAGUCCAACAGAAGAACAAAGAACAAAGUUUUUCAAACCAGUAUUUACAGUACAAAGUUUGAAAUCCCCUCAAAUAAAGAAGAAAAAUAUUGAAGAAUUAGAAGAAUUGCCAUUGGCACCAGAUCCUGAACCAAAGAAAUUAACACCAGAAGAACAAAAAAUUUUGUAUGAAAAAGAAGAAAUAUCGUUAAGGGAACUGAGAAUAUUUUUGAGAGAAAUUUGUGCUAAACUCGCUAGAAACAGACAAUUUUUCAUGUUUACAAAACCAGUAGACAUUGAGGAAGUUCCAGACUAUAAUGAAAUCAUUGAACAACCUAUGGAUCUUGAAACAAUGAUGACGAAAAUCGAUAUGCAUUGUUAUUUAUGUGCUCGAGAUUUUUUGGAUGAUAUUGAUCUUAUUUGUCGAAAUGCUUUAGAAUAUAAUCCCGACAGCUUGCGUGAUAGGCCCUCCCUUGGAUUAAUGAAGAGGGAUCCUGCUGAUAAAUUGAUAAGGCAUCGUGCUUGCUCACUUCGCGACAAUGCCUACGCGCUAAUAAAAGCUGAGCUGGAUUCAGACUUUGAAGAUAAGUGUAGAACAAUAUCGAAAAAUCGAAAGAUUCAACGUAAUGGUGUAAAUAGGAAGAAAGAGAGUCAAAAGACUGAGCCUUUCAACGCCAGUGAAAAAAGUGACAGGAGAGAAGGUAGUGCAGGCAGUGCCAUUAUAGUAAAUGGCAAAAAGUUCCCAAGCUCGAGGAAGCGUAGACUACAUGCUUGGGCUCGAGGUUUUGUCAAGAAGGUCGCCAAAAAGAAAAAAAUCUCCUUUGAUGAUAGUACAAAUAACGAAAACUCUAGCAGUAAGCCGCAGGAAGCAACUACAACAGCAGCAGCUUCUGAAACAUCAGCACAGGGUAUUGAUUUAGAGAAAUUUCAGGAGUUUGAAUCAGAAGCACACUGUGUUUUAAAUGGGCACGUGCCCAUAUCCGAUCAUACAGAUACUGAUAAUGAUUCGCAAAAUGAAUCUACGAGAGAUGCACAGUUGAAUCAUUUGGAUGCAGCUGCAGAUAAGAAUGUACCAGAGAAAAAGAACAUAAUUAAUAACGAAGUGGAAAGCAUGGACGUGUCGCACGGAGAAGUUGAAAAAUCUGUUGAAAAUAACGUUUCAAACCCGUCUUCAAGGCGCGAAAGCCUGAAUACCGAAGAUCUUUCAUUUGCUCUCGAUAGCGAUUCUAGUCUGAUGAAUAAUCCUCAGGAGAGCGACAAAGUUAUGAUCGACAGAAUCGAGCUUGACAAAGUUUUCGCUUACACUGUCAAAGCAACAGAAAUGUUCCCCAUUGAAUUAUUGUGCGAUGUUUAUGUACAAUUAAGCAGAAGCGUUGGUCAAUAUGCUCGAACUUACGAUAGAAAAUCACUGCCAAAGGACUUGUUAAAAGAUGUGAAAAUUUUUGAAAAAUAUAAAAUUGGAGAAAACGAAAGUGUCAUGCAAGAUUAAGAAAACAGACGCUUAUUUAAUGACAUCCUAAUUUUAAUGUUAUUCUUAAAAAAAGUGUAACAAGUUUAUUCUUACUUAAUUAUUAAGACAGUUUUUUAAUUACUCUCGAAGUUUUCUGAUUAUUGUUACGGCUAUAAAGUUUUCUGUGAAAAUUGAAGGUCGUUACACAAGGCGCGUUAACUAAGCUAAAUUUGUUAUAUUGAUUACAGCGUGAUACAUAUAUUUAAGAAAAAGGUGAAGGGAUUAUUAAUGCGGAUCAAUCGAACUGAACUUUUGCUGCGUUGUACGCAACAAAUUAUUAUAUUAGUUUUGAUAUGCAUUUUUAAUUGCUGAAAUUCUCAUGAAAUCGAUCCUAUAUUAGACUGUAUUAUUUCGUAAUCGAAAUCAAAAAUAAUUUUAUAUCGAAGAAAGACUCCCAUAAGUUACCUUAUUAUAAAAUUAAAUCCAAGUUUUCAAUUUGAGUGGAAAUAAACAAUCGCAUCUAAAAAUACUAUGCCAAAUAAAAGUAAAAUUAACAUAUUUUAUAUAAAAUUUUUCAAAUAGUCAUUCAAUAAUAUUAGUACUGUUCGAUACAGACAGAUAUGCAGGAUAUCACAUCCAGAUUGUGUUGCGUACUUAAAUUGAAGCAGAUAAUUAUGCUCCAGAUUGUUGAUAAAGUUCUCAUUCAAUAACUCAACAUUGUUUAUACGAUUAAAAUAUCUAGCUAUGUCAACUUUUUAUUUGGUUAGAAUAUAGAUAAAUUAUUAGAUACAUUUUUAUGAAUAUCUAUUUGUGUGAUUCAACAACGUGUAAAAAUUAACUUUUGUAUUAUAUUCAAAAUUCUUUAAAUUUUCUAAUCUUUUAGAUAAAAUAUAGUGAAUUCAAUCUUUUUUUUGCAAAAGUUUAUACAUUAUUUUACUUAAAAUUUCUAUUUUUAUAGAAUAUCUUUAUAGUAAGCACAUUUUGCUCUUUAAUGUGUUACAUACCUGCUCUUUAGCUUUUUCUUGAUUAUUUAAAUCGCAUUUGAACUUAGCAAUUGAAUAAUAACAAAACCACUUGGUAACUUAAAAUAAAAUUUUAACAUUGAAAGUUUGUAAAUAGCUUUUAUACUUAAACCAUCAGGUGAUUAUACACUACCUUGUUAUAAACGUGUAACAUUUUAACGGCAACGCUAAAAUAGAGAAAAAUUGACUAUCAAUCGUAUCAUUUGUCAAUUUUAGCAAUAUAGAUGCCUAUUGUUUUAGUUUUCAUUGAGUAUAAUCAUAAUUUUGAAGAAUUUUCAAAAAAAUGAAAAAGCACACUUGUCUGCCAAAAAGAUAAAGAUCCUCUUCAUCUGCGCGUACGUAAGAACCCAUUGUCAACUUUUUCUACUUAAUUGUGGUUCACUUAGAUAGCCAACUUGUAUAUUAUGUAGUCGCUGUAAGAAGAGCAGAUUUAAAAUUGUAACUCGUGUAGCUAAUUUGUUAACAUAUCAUGUCUCAAUUUACAAAAGUUGGCAAUUAUCUAGUAAUAGGAUUCUCAGAAUUAUGUAUAUUGAUCAAAGUGUGAUUUUUAAUUAAAUAUAUUUUCGAUUGUCUAUUAUAGGAACAUCACAUAAGGUAAAUUGGCAAUGAUAUUAUGUUCCGAUACUAUGCGUGUAUGUAUAUUAUUUCAAAAUUCUUGGUUUUAAUUGAUUAUCUUGUCUGAAUCUAAAUCAAUUUAUUGCUACUAAUUUUAAAAUAAAAACGAGAAAAUUAGUCCUACGCGACAUUUCACAGUUUAUAAGGUAAUUGAUGGGAGCACGUGCGAUAAUGGAAAUUCGUUUUAAUCAAUUAACGAAAUUGUAUAAUUAAUUUAAGAGCAAUGUCGGGAUAUCUCGUUUAAAAUAUAUAAAGAUAAAGAAAUUAUGCGGAAGAAACGACUUCUUAUACUCAUAACUCAGAUCAUUGUCUUUGCUCACUAAUUUCAAAUUGAAUAUAAACAAAAGAUUAUUUUUCAACUACAUUAAAAAACCUUAUUUUUAAAUUUCAGUAUUAUUUUCUUAACCCCUAAAAUUAUAAUAGCUAGAUCCGCGCGUUAAAAGCUGGUUCAAACUGGAAGAGUGUGUGGGCUUCCACCAGUUCAUACAGCUAAUUUGAUAAUAUUUAAGAAAAGCUCAACCUCUCUUUAUACUUUGUAACAUCAAUGUGAUUCGAUGCUAACUAUUCAAAAAAAAGAGCGUUCAAAUCUUGUACUGUAUUUUCUUGGUAUUUCAAAGAAGAGUAUGCUCGACAUAGAAUGUUUACACUAUAACGCCAAUAAUAUGUGAUUGAAAUCACGUUCGAUAAAUAAUUUGUUUAUAAAACGAUUUGUGAUUCAUUUUCUCAAAAUAUUUAUAAGCGAUAGUUUUUAAGUGCUCGUACAAAUAAACGAAUUAACUAAUAGGUACAGAAAUAAUUGAAUGGCUAGCCGUAAAAAAGAAACUGAUCGAAACGAAAGAGAAAAACAUACACUGCCUUAUUUAUUUUAACAUGUACGUACAUAUCUUAUUGUCAUACACUGUCGCAUAAUAAAUUCGAAUUUCUUACGAACCGCUUGAUUUAAUUUAUCCGCGUGAUGAGACUAGUAGUAAAACUAUUUUAGAUGUACAAAAUCAAGAUUUUUGUUUCUCUUUUCUGUAAACUUACAAAAUAUGAAGGAAAUAAAAAAAUGUAGUUAUA